AUGAAACGCUCGCCGCUCGUCCCGCAGCACAAGACGAAUGCUGACAACAUUGCGACGCCUGACGACGAAGAUGAGGAUGAUCAAGAGGGCGUGGGCGGUGGUGACCUGCCCAUGAGCAUGACUGCCAGUGUCAUUUUGACCCAUCUGCCGAAAGAUGCCAGCCAGGCACUGAAGGAGGUUGACGAGAUUGAUAACCACAAAGUUUCUGUUCGCUUUCAAGCCAUUGGGUCUGCUCCGAUACUCAAGCAGAGAGUCUUCAAGAUCAACGCGUCGUCUAGAUUCAGCGUCGUCUUGAACUUCCUACGAAAGAAGCUCGGUAUCAAAGAAGGAGAUGGGCUGUUCCUGUACGUCAACAGCGUGUUUGCUCCUGGUCUGGACGAGGGCGUGGGAAAUUUAUUUCGGUGUUUCAAGACAGACGAUCAAUUAAUCGUCAGUUACUCUGCCACGCCUGCUUUUGGUUGA